GUUUUAGUGUGACGUUGCCCAACUUAUCAUAACAGAUAAUUUUGUUAUCAAUUUACCGUUGCUAGUUAUAAAACAAGCGAUUGAAGUGGAUGACACCCAUUUACAUUCUCAAUAUGAAGCUGAUAAUUGCGGUGCUGUGUGCGCUUCUAUCGUUUUGCGCUUGCACCGAGGUUCCAAUCAUCGGAAUUCUAUCACAAGAAACAUACUCAGUGAAACACCUUUUUCCUGAUGAGGAUUACCAUAGUUUUAUCGCCGCCUCGUAUGUGAAACUAUUGGAGAGCGCCGGAGCACGAGUGGUGCCCAUUUGGAUUGGACAGGAUGAGGAAUACUACCGUAAGGUUGUUGAGUGCACCAAUGGGAUGUUGUUUCCGGGAGGUGCCACCUACUUCAAUCAAAGUUGCGGUUACGCAGAAGCUGGGCAGAUGAUAUAUGAUGUGGCGUUAGAAAGGAACCGCAAUGGCGACUAUUACCCGAUCUGGGGUAUUUGUUUGGGAAUGGAAUUGUUAAUUGAGGUCGCCAAUGGAUUAGGCCAACGAGAAGUUAGAGAAGCGUGCUUAUCAAAGAAGGUUUCACUCCCUUUGGAGUUUCGAAAGGAUAUUCAAUCAAGCCGAACGUUUGGCAGCGCUCCCAAGGAGGUGAUCAAAAUCUUACUAAACGAAAACGUCACCUACAAUUACCAUCAGUUUUGCGUCACCGAAAAGGGCCUGAAAGAGUUCGGCUUGGAAAAGGAUUGGGUCAUCUUAUCUACCAACAGAGAUAUUAACGGAUUAGAGUUUAUAUCAAGUUACGAGUCCAAACAUUAUCCAUUCUAUGGCGUUCAGUUUCACCCGGAGAAGAACAUGUUUGAAUUCAAGGACAGUUUGAAUAUUCCACACUCGAAAAAUGCCGUAGUUGUUUCGCAAUAUUUGGCUAAUGAGUUUGUGGAAGAGACACGAAGGAACAGUCACUCAUUUAAUGAUUGGGAAUCUGAACAGAAAUCCCUAAUCUAUAACUACCCCGCCCAGUUUACUGGAAUUAAAAAUAGCUCUUAUGAGCAGUUGUACAUGUUUAAGAAAUCUGAUUAUAAAAUAUUCUUUUAAAAUAAGAAUCCGAAAUUGUAGUUAUAAAGGCUUAGGAUGAGAGUGUAGGCGUAGAUCCGAUUCAAAAUUUAACUGAUUUAUUACGAGAAUAUUUGAGUUUUGAAAGCUACUUUCUGCGUGUUCUCUUACAGUUUAAGAUCUGGAAAAUGUUAAAAGUUUGUGUUUGCAGUUUGUAUAGGUACCUACCCAGUUGUUUUUGUCGAAUUUUAAAGCAUUUCAGAAGAUAUUCAAAGAUUACCUAAAUAUAAUCCAAAAUGCAAAAGAAA